AUGGCUCAGCACACGGUGCAGCAACUCUGUGAAACCAUCGACGCCAAACUUCGACUGGCGCAAGCUCAGCGUCGUCCCAGUGAACCUGCAUAUCCACCCACAUACUCCGCUCCGUCGUCUUCCUCUUACGCCAUCCCGAGCGGGUUUCAGUCGGCGACAACACUGGAUAUCAGUCCGCGAACGUCCAUGUCCCAAGACACAUGCACGCGUGCAUCCAGCAACUUAGAGUGCAAGAAAAGCGACACCAGCAAAUACACCGUGCAUCAUCAUCAUCAUGGCCAUCCCCGACCGCGCCCUCAACUUGAAACCGUCAUCUCGUGGACCUCGAAUGCGACCCGGCGUAAAGAAUACGCGAAGAUCGACCGCGCACACAGCGGCGUACGCGGCUUCCUUCGUCGACUGGUGCCACGGUGUGUGUGCAAAACUGCCAGGAAAGGCUUCUUCACUGGCUACUGUGACGGCAACAGUGUGAGGCGGUUCCGAAUGAACGUGUGCGGCGAGAACGGAGCCGAGUCUGAGGAUGACGAGACGGAAGCAGAAGAGAAACAAGACCCGGUGGCGAGAGACGCAGUUGCAGAGCCGAAGACCGUCGCCGUCGCCGUCGCCGUUGAUGAGCGGGAACAGCAGGAGAGGAAGGAAGGGCAUGAAAGCCCCAGGUCGCGAUGGACGUGUCUCCAAUGA